GCUCGCAGCAGCGGCGGCACGCGCGGGCGAGGGCCACGGGGAGAGGAGACGCAGCUCCGCGGGUGGCACGUUCGGCCGGGCCCCGGCCCGCGCUCAACGGGCGCGAUGCUUUUCUCGCUCCGGGAGCUGGUGCAGUGGCUGGGCUUCGCCACCUUCGAGAUCUUCGUGCACCUGCUAGCCCUGUUGGUGUUCUCCGUGCUGCUGGCACUGCGUGUGGAUGGCCUGGUACCCGGCCUCUCCUGGUGGAACGUGUUCGUGCCUUUCUUCGCCGCUGACGGGCUUAGCACCUACUUCACCACCAUCGUGUCCGUCCGCCUCUUCCAGGACGGAGAGAAGCGGCUGGCGGUGCUCCGCCUUUUCUGGGUCCUCACGGUCCUGAGUCUCAAGUUCGUUUUCGAGAUGCUGUUGUGCCAGAAGCUAGCGGAGCAGACUCGGGAGCUCUGGUUCGGCCUCAUCACGUCCCCGGUCUUCAUUCUCCUGCAGCUGCUCAUGAUCCGCGCCUGUCGGGUCAACUAGCCUCUUCGAGGUGCCGGAGAGAGAGCGCUGGACGGCUGAAAUGCUGACCUCAAGCCGAGCUCCUACUUGCGCUGCACCGGAGGAGAGGUUCUUUAGUCGGAAGGCAACUCCUGCUUGCGCCGAGCCGAGUGCCAGGUUUUUCUAUUCCAAUCAUGUCUGAAAUGGUUUCUGCAGCAGGGCUUAAAAGAGGAGCCUUCAUCCUUAAAAUGUAUUUCCUUUUAUUUCAUGCUUUGAGUAGGUAAUCCUGAAUUGUCCUGAGGAGGGCCCCAGGCCAGACAGUCCUGAACUCCUCUGACACUCGGAAACUGAAUAUAAGUCAAAUGUCCAGGUGGACUCUAAGUAUUUCCUGUGGGUCCUGGGUAAGUACUGCUGCACAAAGGCUGCAAAGCUGGACUCAGGGAUGUCCUGCAACCAGCAGCUCUGACUGAAGAGCUCCCUGCACCGUCCAUCCGAACCAGACUUUAAUAGAUGUGUUCUUCAGAUCUAUCAAAUGUAAACGAGCUUGUAUCUCCUCCCCUGUGCCACAAGAGAGGUUGGCUCUUUGUUUCAGUCUAGGCAGAGACAGAACGUUGAAUGAGAGCACAAUUAGGGUCUUGUCUGGUUAUCUGUUGCCCAAGAAAAGAACUCUGCUGUCCAGGCGCUGCUUGGCUUCCUAUCCCAGCAGACUGCAGUUUUAUGGACUUUUUCACUACCUUGUGGCUGGCACCGUUAGCACACCUGAGACAGAUUUAGGCAUCGAGACCUACAAAUGGCAAGCUUGUGAGUGGCCCAGCUUUGUUGGCCUACAAACUUUGGUUUGAUGGCACUCAGGUGUCAAAUGAGAACCUUUGCUGAGAUGCAAAUAAAGUAAGAGAAUGUUUUCCUGAAA